AUGCCCCGGGAACCGGACAUCCCGCGCGCCUACCACAAUGGCGUCGACAUGCUGGACACGCGCAACUGGUCCGACAGCGCCUUCGAGCACGGGCCGCCCCUGCCGCAGCCCGACUUCAGCGGCCUCCUCCGCGCGGGCAAGCGCCUGCCCGCCAUCGGCCCCAUGGACACGUGGGGCACGCGCAUGGUGAAGAGCGGCGCGUUCAAGGAGCAGGACAUGUGGGGCAACCCGAAGGAAGAGGAGGCGCGUGGUCCCCCGAAAGAAACGCCCGCUAUGAACCGCCCCCCCCCCCCCGCGCAGUACGAGGUGCACUACCCCCACGAGCCGCCCAAGGGCAACAUGUGGAUCGUCGACGGGCUGCCCAAGCCCUACAAGCACGGGCGGACGCCGCGGCAGCUCUUCGAGGACACGUUCGACGACUACGGCAACUUCAAGCCCCAGUACCCGGACUACUUCGAGCCGGGCAACGCCGUGCGCCUGCGGGCGGACCACAGCCUCGUGGGCAUGGUCGGCUGGGUGCGCUGGACCUACGGCGAGAACGACGACGACCCCGAGGACGUGAGCCUCGAGACGCUCGACCACUUCCUGCGGCGCUACCACAUCAUGGGCUGGGUGCGCAUGUCCAACGGCGAGGUCCACCGCGUGGACCGCGAGGAGUGCGAGGCCUGCGAGCUGCCCGACGACGUCCUCGCGGAGUGCAAGGAGUUCAUCGAGAACAACCUCGCGUUCAACCAGGACAUGAUGUACCGCGCCAAGCACGGCGACGACUACCAGGCCGAGUUCGACCGCAAGGACGCCUACGACCUCGAGCGCGAGCGCUACCGCCGCAGCGGCGAGAAGGACCCCGAGGCGGAGAAGGACCGCGCCGAGUACGAGCGCAAGAACCCGCUCCCGGGCAACCUGCCCAAGGACUUCUUCCACCAGUUCGAGCCCGACUACGACCCGGAGAAGACGGGCGAGGUGCCCGACCACGAGCUGCCCGGCCGCGUGCGCCUCGACCACUCCAAGCACGACGGCACGUGGCAGUUCCGGAAGGACGUCGACACGAAGGCCGACCUCCUCACGGGCCAGCGGCCCCACGUCCAGUACUGGUGA